UGAUGCUGAGGCUGGGGGGACCCGCACAAUGAUGGAGCGGCGACGUCGUUGAGAAGGAUGCAUUAAAUGCCCUGUCAUUUGGCAAGGGGCAGAUUUGACAGUUUUUAACACGCCCCUCUUACAGACGGUGAGUACAACAGAACCCUGAGAGAUGUACGGCAGCGCUCGUGCCGUCAGCCACAUCGAGGGCAGCCCUGCACGCUCGCCACGGCUGCCCCGCUCCCCACGGCUGGGCCACCGACGGGUCAACAGCGGAACUUCGAACUGUAAGACCUUAUCCAUGGAGAACAUCCAAUCUCUUAAUGCUGCCUACGCUACAUCCGGCCCUAUGUACUUGAGCGAUCAUGAAGGCGUCGGAUCCACGGCUACGUACCCUAAAGGCACCAUGACGCUCGGUAGGGCCACGAACAGAAUGAUUUAUGGUGGCCGGGUCACCGCCAUGGGCAGCACCCCCAACAUCGCUACAGUGGGGCUUCCACAUGCCGACCUGUUGUCGUAUGGAGAUUUGGGCUCGAUCUCUAUGCUCCACCACCAGGGGACGCCGUCUGCCCUGCUGCGUCAGGCAGUGAGGGGCGGUGGGGGUGAACUUUUGGAGCUCCAGGCACAAAUGCGGGACAUGCAUAGAGAAAACGAACUCCUUCGCAGAGAACUCGACCUGAAGGACAGCAAGCUGGACUCCUCAACCAACAGCAUCAAGAGCUUCUGGAGCCCAGAGCUGAAGAAAGAACGGGUGAUGAGAAAAGAGGAGGCAGCACGCACCUCCAUCUUGAAGGAGCAGAUGCGGGUGACCCAUGAAGAGAAUCAGCACCUGUUGGACGCCAGGAGGACAAAGCACCUCCAGCUGACCAUCCAGGCCCUGCAGGACGAAGUGAGAACCCAACGCGACCUCAAUCACCUCCUCCAACAAGAGGGCGGCUCGCGGGGCGGAGGCGGCGACCACUUCACCACGAUCGAGCUGACGGAGGAGAACUUCCGCAGGCUCCAAGCCGAACACGACCGGCAGGCCAAGGAGCUCUUUCUGUUAAGAAAGACGCUGGAGGAGAUGGAGCUGAGGAUCGAGACGCAGAAGCAGACGUUGGGAGCCAGAGAUGAGUCCAUCAAGAAGCUAUUGGAGAUGUUGCAGAGUAAAGGGCUGCCCCCGGGGUCUGGGAGGGCUUCGGAUGAGGAGGAACAGGAGAGAGCCAGGCGAAUCGCAGACGCCGAAGCUCAGCUGGGCCACCUGGAGGUGAUAUUAGACCAGAAGGAGAAGGAAAAUCUCCAUCUGCGAGAGGAGCUUCACAGAAGGAACCAGCAUCAUCCAGACCCUGGCAAAACUAAAGCCCUUCAGACUAUCAUAGAGAUGAAGGAUACCAAAAUCUCAUCCCUGGAGCGCAACAUUCGCGACCUGGAGGAUGAGAUACAGAUGUUGAAGGCGAAUGGAUUGCUGAACAACGAGGAUCGAGAGGAGGAGAUCAAACAGAUGGAGGUCUACAAGAACCACUCCAAGUUCAUGAAGUCCAAGAUUGACCAGCUGAAGCAGGAACUUUCCAAAAAAGAGUCUGAGCUUUUGGCUCUGCAAACAAAGCUGGAAACUCUGAAUAACCAAAAUUCUGACUGCAAACAGCAUAUCGAAGUGCUUAAAGAAUCUCUCACUGCCAAAGAGCAACGUGCUGCCAUCUUACAAACGGAGGUGGAUGCUCUAAGACUGCGACUGGAGGAGAAGGAAUCGUUCCUUAAUAAGAAAACGAAGCAACUGCAAGACCUUACGGAAGAGAAGGGAACGCUGGCCGGGGAGAUCAGGGAUAUGAAAGACAUGCUGGAGGUCAAAGAACGCAAGAUCAACGUCCUACAGAAGAAGAUUGAGAAUCUUCAAGAACAGCUGAGAGAUAAAGAUAAACAGCUGGGUAACCUGAAAGACAGAGUGAAGUCACUUCAGACCGACUCCAGCAACACAGAUACUGCCCUCGUCACGCUGGAGGAAGCGCUGUCUGAGAAGGAGCGAAUAAUCGAGCGUCUAAAGGAACAGAGAGAGAGAGAGGAUCGCGAGAGGAUGGAUGAGGUGGACUCGUACAAAAAAGAGAACAAAGACCUUAAGGAGAAGGUGAACACUUUGCAGGUGGAGCUAUCGGAGAAAGAGUCAAAUCUCAUAGAUUUAAAAGAGCACGCCUCCUCGCUGGCCUCAUCCGGUCUCAAAAAAGACUCCAAACUCAAGUCUCUGGAGAUCGCCAUCGAGCAGAAGAAAGAGGAAUGCAGUAAACUGGAGACGCAGUUACAAAAGCAAGCAGAGCAGCUGUUCAGUCAGAUGAACAACCCUAAGGCCCACGAGGUGGAGCUACAGCAGAUCACACGGGGAAACCCAGAAUACGUGGACCGGGUGAAACUGCUGGAGAAGGAGGUGUCCUUUUACAAAGAUGAGUCCGGCAAAGCCCAGACGGAGGUCGAGAGGUUACUAGAGAUCCUGAGAGAGGUGGAGACAGAGAAAAACGAUAAAGAUAAGAAGAUCGCAGAACUGGAAAGUCUUGCUCCCAGGCAAAAUAAGGAUCAAAAUAAAAAGGGUCCAGUUAUCAAGCUUGGCCCUCAGAUGGAAAAGAAAGUCACUGGAAACAUCUUGCAAGAUCAACGCAAAGAUAAUCCUAUGGACAAUUCAAAGAUGGAGGAGUUGAUGAAUGUUCUGGAGAAAACAAGACAAGAGCUGGACGCCACCAAACAGCGUCUGUCCUCCACGCAGCACUCUCUGUCUGAGAGAGACGGACAUCUGACGAACCUCAGACACGAGCGCAGAAAACAACUCGAGGAGAUAUUAGAGAUGAAGCAGCAGGCUCUGCUCGCUGCUAUUAGUGAAAAGGAUGCUAACAUUGCUCUUCUGGAGCUGUCGUCCUCCAAUAAGAAGAAGACACAAGAGGAAGUUCUGGCCCUGAAAAGAGAGAAGGACAGAUUGAUGCAUCAGUUAAAACAACAGACCCAGAGCAGAAUGAAACUGAUCGCAGACAACUACGAGGACGAUCACUACCACCCUCAUGCUCCCCCUCCGCACAUGCAACCUCAACCUCUGCAUCCUCAACCUCAGCCCCAGCCUCCUUACCCACAAGCUCCACAUCAGCCUCCUUACCCACACCAACCCCAUCCUCAACACCCACAGCCUCCACCUCACCACCCACAACACCCGCAGCAACCCCCCCAGCCGCAAUAUCCCCACCCUCAACACCUCCAGCACCCUCAGCCUCCUGGACCAAACCCUCCCAGAGCCCAACAGCCACACCCUCAACACCCUCAUCCUGGGAUGCCUCCACAGCAGCAUCCACACGCCCAGCACCCGCACGGGCCUCCGCCUCAGCAAGGCCCCCACCCGCAGCCCCUCCAACACCCACAGCAGCACCCCCAUCACCCCCAACACCCCGGACCACAGGGCCCUCAUCCAAGACACCCCAUACCCCCACACCAUCGAGGUCCAGGCCGCGGACCGCCUCAUCCCGGACACCGGCCCACCCCGGAUCAGGAUGAUGAAGAAGGGAUUUGGGCAUAACCAUCUCCAAACCAAAGCUAUGAUGUUUUCUGGGGAGAAAUACAGCCAUGCCAUGAAGAUGAAAUUUUACGUUGUCCACUCGGCCAGUCUUUACCUACAAUCAGAUAGGAUCCAAUUUAUUUUAACGCUUUAGGAAAAGAGGCGGAGCAUUUGUGUGAGUGGGAGGGCCAAAGCUGGAGAAGACCGCCUGAGCAGAUGGUUUGAAAAGUAAAAUGGAGAGGAACUCUGGACUGUGGAACAGAAACACUUUCUCUUGCAGAACUUUUCCAGAAGACGUUUGCCUUGAACACUCUCCACGUUCCGGAGACCACCUGCUAUGAGGGCAUUCGUCUAG